CAUAUUUGAUAAUUUUUUUUUUUUUCAGUUGGUGUUACGGUUGGAACUUGUGAGUGUUCGUGUUCGUGUAGCCACAUUCUGAAGCACAGUUGGGCUUCAUAACCCAAAAUACUCAUACCAGAAGCUCUGGAUUGCGUGCUGUAUUCGUCGUGAACACUCGUACUGCCAAGACAAUGAGCUCCAAAAAGUGCUCGAGAUGUGAAAAGACGGUGUAUCCACUCGAGGAAUUAAAAUGUUUGGACAAGAUAUGGCACAAAGGCUGUUUCAAGUGCCAAGAAUGCAGCAUGACGCUAAACAUGAAGACGUACAAAGGUUUCAACAAACUCCCCUAUUGCAAUGCUCACUGUCCACAGGCCAAACACACCACAGUUGCAGACACCCCGGAGGCCAGGCGUCUUGCAGAGAACACCCGUAUUCAAAGCCAGGUGAAGUACCAUGAAGAUUUUGAGAAGCUCAAGGGCAAGGUGACCCAAGUGGCAGAUGACCCAGAGACAAUGCGCAUCCGGCAGACGUCCAAGAUCAUCAGCAACGUGGCAUAUCACGGCGAGCUUGAGCGCAAGAGCCUCAUGGAGCAGCGCAGGGGCUUGCUGCCCACCGAGAAGAACGGCCACGACCACUCUGCUGCCACAGUCGUCGAUCCAGAUAGAGAAUUUGAUCCUGCUCAAUUUCCACCCCCACCUCCCCCUAACGAGGAGCGACCCAGCCGAACACAGGCGGCCAAGCUGGCCGACUACGAGGCCCAGACCAAUAACAACUCUCCCUACUCGUCCAAGCUGCAGUCCACCGUAAUCUACACCUCCGAAGAAGGACCAGUUCAAGCACAGCCCACUCGUAAAGUUGGAUCAAUUGCAGACUAUGAUCCCCUGAAUGACAACUAUGGAUCCUCUGCCACAGGCUAUAGCGGACCAGCCCCGCAGUAUUAUAGAGAUGCCGUCCCAGCCACGCAACGUGUCAUGCCGUCCCAACCCCAGAUGUCGAGCGGGAGGACGUUCCGCGCCAUGUACGACUACGUGGCCCAGGACUCGGACGAAGUGAGUUUCAUGGACGGGGACGUCAUCGUCAGCUGCAUGCCGAUCGACGAAGGCUGGAUGACUGGGACUGUCCAGCGCACGGGCCUGUCGGGGAUGCUGCCCGCCAACUACGUGGAGCCCGCCAACUGAGGCCCCGCCCCCUCUUUGCCUGCCGUACCCUGGCACGGUUUCGUUUUUGCAUCGUGGAGGCCCUCUGUGCCCUCUCCCUGCUGGCGCUGUCAGCAUUUUCUCCUUUUUUUUUGUGUGUGUGUGUGUGUGCUAAGGUGUAGCAUGUACUGAAAGGGAGGUUAUUGUAGCAGCAGCAACUUGUCGACGCCGAAAGCAUUCUAAGACGUACCGGAGAGAGUUAUUUGGCAGAUGCUUUCUGCACAUUUCUUUUUAGUGAGGUUAUUUUUGUUUUUGGGUGAUUUUUCUCAUUGCAACUGUUAAGUCUUCACCAUUACGUUUUGCAGAGGUCAGUUCGAUAGAUCCCGAGGGAGUGCGGAAAGCUGGGAACAAAGUCGUUUCCGUCUGUUUUCUUUGGUUGGAGGGGAGUUUUUUUCCUUUCGCAGCAAGUGAGCACGGUUUGUUGCCGAUAUUGGUUGGUUGGCACGGCGACCCGUUCAGUGUUGUAACUGUUCGUGACCCAGUGCUUCCUCGUUACUUUCCAAACUUGCUUUAUUUGCCGCUAGUGUUUUUAAACGAAGAUGUGCUAGUGGAUGCGGCAUCUGCAUUGUGGCUUUUUGUGUUCCUGCUUCUGCCUAUCUCAUGCUAUUUAGGUGAGGAAGAGGGUUGUGCUUGCGAACAAUUUUGAGGAAGAGUGUGUGGCCGGGUUUUGCCACUGAGUUUGUGCUUAACUGCAGGUACCUAAUGAUGCUGUUUCGAGCUGUUUACUUUAGGCAUGACGUAGCUUUGCUUGUUUAUGAUGCUAAAUGUGCAUAGGUUGAGUUGUCAUUCAGAAACUUCUUUCUUGAUAAUAUUUUUAUGGUUUCUUUGCCAGGAAAAUAAAUUUUGCCACAGAAUGUCACUCAUGAUAUUAUAAACACUCAAAGCGUAUGAUACAAGAAGUUUUCUGAAACUGUAUUGCUCAGGGUUGUAGCUUUUGCCAUGUUUCUCGUUUUGUGGACUCUUCUGCCACCUUUUUGAUGGCACUGUGGUUUUGCAUGCCUACCUUUGCCAUAUUGCAGUUUCCUUUUAUUUUUUUUUGUAAGUGUGGAGGUUGUCAGCUUGAACUGUGAGGUUAAUGUUGUUUGCCUACAUCAGAAUUUCUGUUUGCAUUUAGAUACUAAUCCAUACUCUUUCUUUUAUUAUUAUUAUUUUUUAUUCAGGACAUAAAACAAGGAUCUCCUUGACACACAUUUUCGUAAAUAUUCUGGUUAGUUCUUUUUUUUUUUUUUUUUCUUUCAGCAUAGGUACUCGUAUAUAUAGAAAUUGUUAGUCAGUCUCAUAUAUACUUUGUCUCACUAUAGCAUCAGAUGCAGCCAUGGCUACAGGCGCAAGCGGGUAGAUGUAGUUGGUGUUAUUGCCGUUCCACUUUCAAAAGCUAGGCGGUUGCACUUUUAGCCUUUCCUGCUAUCCAUGUGAAGGUGAGACUAAGCAUAGUUAUUUAUAAUUUUUUUAGAACAGGAGAAUGUAACUUUUUUGUUUUACCAUGUUUAUUGACUGUGCCUCAUUGAAACAGCAGCAAUGAAAUCUUCUGUAUGUGGGUUUACGAAUUUUUUUUAUGCUCAUCUCAUCCCUUGCUAUGCUGUUGACCGAACUAAAAGCAAGUGUGACAUAGCCCACAUUUUUUUUAUAUAUAUUUUAUUUUAGAAAUAGGAUGCGUAGCCAUUAAUCCUUGAUAAUUUGCUGUGGUGUUCUGUACUAUAAUCACUUCUGAAUGAGACUAGGAGAUGUUAUGUUGUGUACAAAACCAUGUACCAUUAACCAGCGUUACUCAUAGAGAUGUGCCUUCUCAACAAUUGACGUGCCAGAUGGGGUAAUCGAGCUUGGAUUUCUAAUCUCACUUCGACGCAGUGCUGGAACUUUGUUCUUUUGUACAUUGGAAAGCUCUGGCUGGUUUAGAACCUAGAAGCUUUUUUUUUUUUUUUUUUUUUUUUUUUUUUUUU